AUGCCCUCAAUUUCAUUUCAUUUCAUUUACGCCAGCAAAAACAACAAGACAAGUACGAGUUGUUCUUCACCUUCCUUCACCAUCAUCAUUCUCUCCAAUUCCUCUUCCUGCUCCGCAACUUCACUAGAUCCCCACUCACUCAAUUCAAUCCAGAUUCAUAGAUUCUCCUUCAUCGAUCGACUUGCACCUUCUGGGUUUUGA